AUGGCUUCUGUUUGGGGUUUUUUGACGGUACUUGGGGCCGCCCUAAUUCAUCUUUCGCUCGGUUACAACUACACAGUUGGUAACAUGAAUGCAUAUUUGAUACCAUACAUGGGUGUUACCUCUGGCCAAACUGUGUGGAUUCAUGCGGUGGUUAUCUCUGGACAAGCUAUUGGAAUGCCAAUAGGUGGCAUGCUCACAGCAAAAAUCGGUUUCCGCAUUGUCGUCGCCAUCGGCUGUCUUUUAACCAGUGGCGGAAUUGCAUUGUCCGCGUUGACAGUGCGACAUGGUCUCGGUCCUUUUAUAUUCACCUAUGCCGUCAUGUUUGGAAUUGGAAUGGGCCUUCCAUACUCCGUACUGUUUACACUGGCUGCAGAUUGGUUCCCAAAGCAUCGCGCUGUCGUAACUGGAAUAAUUCUUGGUGGUCUGGGAAUGGGCGCGCUUGUCUUUACGCCAACACAAACAGCAUUGAUCAAUCCCGAAAACAAACCGAACUUCGAUCCAUCGGUGAAAGCCCGUGUUCCCAAUUCAUUCCUUAUUCUUGCAGCAGUCAUGUUUGGUCUUCAAAUAAUUGGAUAUUGCCUGAUACGCAAAUGCCCUUCAUCCGAUGGUGAUGGAACGGAUAUAUUUUCAGAGUCGAAGGAGUUCGAACAUAAGGAAGAUCCCGACUUCGAGUCAGAGGCAGCUGUGAAUAUAAAGGAGAGUGAAGUUCAUGAAAUUUACAACUAUACGGUCAAGGAGGCUCUCAAAUCAAUUGACUUCUACACAAUCGCACUGAUUAUCUUCUUUGAUACUGUGCCCAUCACUCUGCAAUCGUCGGCUUACAAAGUGUUUGGCUCAGCUAACAAUCUGGAGGACCGAUUUCUCUCCACCAUUGCCACAUGUACAGCAAUCUUCAAUUGCAGCGGUCGUGUUAUUUGGGGUCUUAUCUGCGAUCACGUAUCGUUUAAGAUACCUCUUGGAUGUUUCCUGGUAAUAUGGGGUGUACUCUUUGGGACGUUCCCUGUGAUUGCCAGAGCACCAACACACGUGUUCCAGGGCCUAUACCCAGUUUGGGUAUUUCUCCUCUUCUUCUCAAUGGCCGGUCACUUUGUUCUCAUGCCUGCCGCUUGUUCGCGCAUUUUUGGUCCAAAGAAUACAGCCACUACAUACGGUCUCCUGUACUUCACUACCUGUCCCAGUGCACUCAUCCUAGCUGCAAUAGUGUCGGUACACGACAUCAAGAACGACUUUCCAUUGACCUUCUACUGUUGUUGUGGGUUGUGCCUUCUAAGCUUUGUGCUUUCGCUGUUCCUCAAAGACAAGUUUGGAAAGUUGAGCAAUGUAACGCGCCUUUGCACGAAUGCUUGCAAUAUUUGCCGAUACGUGCCACCUGCUGUAAAGGACGUGGAUGAUAACGAUGACGCUGAGGUUUCUGUAGUCAGUAACAACAGAAUAUAUGAUAAUUAA